CAUGUUCUUCCAGAAGGUCAAAAGAGUGGGGUCCAACCUCACCUCUGAGGGCAAGAUGUUACAUAGGCAGGGACAGUGAUAGAGACGGCUCUCUUCCUAGGCUCUGUCAAUUGAAAUUCUUUAAUCAAUAGGGUCCAUAAUAUAUCCUCGCUUCCUCACCAAGUGGGAUAGGUCAAUGUAAUUGGGGUAAGACAGUUCCUCAGGUAACCUGUCUUAUGCCAUGGAGACCUUUAAAGGUGAUAAUCAACACCUUUAAUUGGACCCAGAAGCAAAAUAACACCAGUGAGACAUAAAAGAAUUAUUAAACAGCUAUCAACACUUGUUUUGAAGAAGUAGAUUGCUGAUAUACUGUAUGUUGUUUCUUAAUAUUUAAACUAGUCUUUUCAACAGGGAUAAGGAAAAGAAUUUGAGAUUGGAAAUCCAAUUGUAAGUUAUUACGGUUGUAAGUCAAGACAAUUAGAUUUCCAGUCCCAAUUGCAGUUAUAAGAGCAGUGGUGGCGCAGUGGUUAGAGUGCAGUAUUACAGGCUACUUCUGCUGAUCACUGGCUGCCAGCAAUUUGGGAGAUUGAAUCUCACCAGACUCAAGGUUGACUCAGCCUUCCAUCCUUCUGAGGUGGGUAAAUGAGGACCCAAAUUGUUGGGGGCAACAUGCUAACUCUGUAAACGGCUUAGAGAGGGCUGUAAAGCACUAUGAAGUGGUAUAUAAGUCUUAAGUGCUAGUGCUGUAAAUUGAAUACCUGUAUAUUGGUUUGUUUGUAGCUCAGACAAAGCACAUGCCCAUGAACUCAUAAUUUUUCUUAAAAAUUGAAGACAUAGGCUUUUCUUAAAUAAUCAAAUUGGUUUUCUUCCUUGUCCUUGAUCUAUAAUCAUUAUCAUAUGAACCUAGAUUUUUUACUUCAGUUGUCUCAUUCAUUAAUGACUUAUUUGAGUAUUUUUAUAUUUUUAUAAUGAAUUUUAUAUGCAAGAUCAUUCUACAGGUCACUUAUUAGUCUGCAUUUCUAUGAUUGUUUAAUUAUGUGGUCUUGUGAUUAGAAGCCAGGCAAUUUAUAAUUUCAUUCUAAGUAACUAAACUAUAUAUCACUGGUUGGAGAAUAGGUUUUAAUUUUAUAGUCUACUUAAUGUAUUUUUAUAUACUUCUAUAAAUAACAAAAUAUUUAUUUGGUGGGGUUUUUUUUAGACUGAAUGCCAGAUUCCUUGGAGGAAAAAAUCCAUAAUGGAUCCUAGCUGUGAUUACCACUUUCUUCACCGUGUUUUGGGGAAAGCUGUACACAUCACAUUGAAAUGUGGCAUAUUCCAGGGGAUAUUGCAACAUGUGGAUUCCAGUCAGUGUAUCUUUCUAAACAGAGUUAAGAAUUUGGAAAAUGGCAGGAAUGUACCUGGAAUAAAGAGGUUCUUUGGCCAUGAAAUCAUUAAUGUGGAAUUGCUCGAUGACCUGGAACAACCUGCUGCAGAAAGAAAUUUCACUCCUACUGGAUCCAGGGAAUUUCUACUUACUAAGUUUUCUGAAAUCGACCAAGGAUCACUGCUGGAUCAAAGCACCCAUAGAGCUAAUGUUGUUUCCCCAGUGAGCCAGCAACUCUGUUUGGGUAACGUUAAGUUUAAAUUUCCUGAUGAAGAUAGCGGGGAAGACAUAGAAUAUAUUGUUAUUAAUCAAUUCCAGAAGACAUUUGGUUCUGCUAUGAUGCACAUCAAAAAUCAAAGUGUAUGUAGUAUAGCAGCAGAGGGUGUCAAUUUGUGUCGGCAUGGAAAACUUUCUUGGUUACAAGUUGCAACAAAACAUCAUGUUUUCUUAUUUGAUGUUUUUGUUUUGGGAGCUCAAGUGUUCAAGAAUGGACUACAAAUGAUACUGGAGGACCAGAAUAUUUUGAAAGUUAUCCAUGAUUGUCGUUGGCUCUCCGAUUGUCUUUCUCACCAAUAUGGAAUUGUGCUGUCCAAUGUCUUUGAUACACAGGUUGCUGAUGUAUUACAGUUCUCAAUGGAAACAGGUGGCUACCUUCCACAUAGGAUCAGCACUUUACAAGAGUGUUUAAUGCGAUAUUUGAAGCUGCCUGACAAAUGCGUUUCUUUUUUGGAAUACAAACAGCAAGCAAUGGAGGAAGAUCCUGAGGUCUGGUUUCUGCGACCCCUUCCACCUGUAUUGUUAAAUAUAUUAGCCCUGGAAACAGUGUAUCUCUUACCUCUCCGUUUACUGCUGCUUGGUGAAAUUAUGUCUGAUUUAACAACAUUAGUGGAUAGUUAUUUGGAUGCAUUUCGGCAAGGAUCUGCAGAUCCCCUGGGGAGCAUCAAGAUAUCUUCUAUGGAAUUACCAGAAGAACUACGACAACUGGCAGAUCUUUAUAACACCCGAAGAAAAACUGCAGUGCAAAAAUUCCAGCUCAAUGAGGAAGGUUUCCUUAUCAGAGGAAUAGGGGCAAUAAGAAGAAAAAAGGCAGAGAAUGAACCAUAUCCUAAUACAUACUGUCCAGGUUCUGAUGCUCAAGGCAAUUAUAAAAAAGAAGAGAUAUAUAACCAUGAUAACCAAAAACCCAUAGUUAGCAAUGAUGAGAUAGACUCUAAAAUGGAAAAGGGACAUUUCAUGUAAACUGACAUUGGAAGAGACUAAAACCAAGGGAAAAAUAAUCACAAAGAAAGUUAAAUUUUUCUCUAGAAAAAAAAAUGAGAUAGCUCUUCUUCAGCUCUGAGAAGCUUCUUGGAUGAGAAGCGAAACUUCUUCAAAGAAAAAACAGAAAGUCCAGUUGCCUCUUGAAAAAAGCACCUUUGGGACAACCAUGACCUGGAUGACUGAGAAUCUCCAUAGAUAUCAUAUUAAUCUUCUUUCUAGAAUCUAUUCUGUCUAAUUUUCAGAAAACAUGACAUGAGAUUUUUUUCCCUUCAGUAAAACAACUUGUUCAGUUUAAAAUAAAACUUUAGAUUUGUUGUGAAAGUCUUUUUGUAGAAUGGAUAUAACAAUAAAAUUGCUUAUUUCCAAGGGG